AUGGACGCAGGCUCAGUCUUGCGAAACCGACACCUGCAGUCGCCGGCCACGCCGCCGUCAGAUAAUGACCUGUCUCGCAUUUCGUCGCGCGACGGCGACGCUUCCGCCAACACCUUGAGCGGGGACUCGUCGACAAACCAACAGGCCCUCCGCGAUAACUGCAACCGACGACGACCGCAGGACGAGGAUCACGACCACGCUCGCCUAAAAAAGAUGCCUUCCGAACUGCUCACCAAGACGGUGAGCCCCUUUCUCAAGGAGCACAUCCCCGGCAUCUACGCCCCCAUCGGCAAGGGCAACAACAAGGAGACGACCGACCUCACGCCGGCCCGCAAGGACCCCAACACGAGGUUCUGCUACCGACAUCGCCCCGACUCGAAAUGUCGCCGAGCCGCGGACGAGACCAAGAUGGGCUUCAUCCAAAGUGAACUCAACAGCCUCCCCGUUGCCGACCAAGAAGCCAUCACCCACGUCUGGUCUCUCUUCUCCGCCGCUCCCGCCAAGCACCGCGAGUUGAUGCUCCAGGGCAUCAUCACACAAUGCUGCUUCCCUCAGCUGUCGACCGUGUCGCGCGAGGUCCACGAGCAGCUCAAAAUCGACUUCCUCGCCGCCCUCCCCGCCGAGCUCUCCUACAAAAUCCUUUGCCACUUAGACACCGUCUCGCUUUGCAAGGCCGCGCAGGUCAGCCGGCGGUGGCGACACCUGGCCGACGACGAUGUCGUCUGGCACAGAAUGUGCGAGCAGCACAUUGACAGAAAGUGCACCAAGUGCGGUUGGGGCCUGCCGCUUCUCGAGAAGAAGAAGCUGCGGGCAUGGAGCCGUCACCAGUCUGCCCACCACCGACAUGAUCAGGCUCAAGGCCGCGAAGCCGAGCACAACCACGACCACGAUGAUGAUACCGUCAUGAACGAUUCGAACAAGCGUUCGCUGUCCGUCAGCGAAGAUGGACCCUCAAAACGCCCGCGACUCAACGGCGCAUCCCACUCGCGAUCACAGCUGGAAGUGGAGCGCAAGUUCCGCCCCUGGAAGGACGUAUAUCGCGACCGGUACAAGGUCGGCUACAACUGGAAGACUGGCCGUUGCGCCAUCAAGACCUUCAAGGGCCACGAGAAUGGAGUUACCUGUCUGCAGUUUGACGACACCAUCCUCGCCACGGGCUCCUACGAUACGACGAUCAAGAUAUGGAACAUCCAGACCGGCGAGGUGAUCCGAACGCUUCGCGGCCACACGUCAGCAAUUCGAACGCUCCAAUUUGACGAGUCGAAGCUCAUCAGCGGGAGCAUCGACAAGACGAUCAAGAUCUGGAACUGGCAGACGGGGGAGUGCCUCAACACGCUCCAGUGCCACACCGAAGGCGUCCUGUCGGUGCACUAUGACGGAUGCACGCUGGCAUCGGGUUCCAUCGACAAGACUGUCAAGAUCUUCAGCUUCGACACCAAGCAGACAUGCUGCUUGCGCGGCCACACCGACUGGGUCAACCACGUGCGCAUCGACUCGCUGUCGCGGACCGUCUUCUCGGCGUCGGACGACAUGACGGUCAAGCUCUGGGACCUGGACUCGAAGCAGUGUGUCAAGACGUUCAAGGGCCACGUUGGCCAGGUGCAACAGGUGCUCCUGAUGCCAGCGGACUUUGAGCCGGACGGUUACCCGAGCGAGGAUCAGACGGACGCGCUCUCCGUGCACAGCAGCCGGAGCACUACGCCUACACCGACGGCGACUGAGCCGCCAGCUGAUGUGCGCGCGUCGUUCGGGUCGGGCUUCGCCUCGGAUCCGUCGCGGCCUCUGCCUCCCAAGUACAUGCUCACGGGCGGGCUCGACAACACGGUGCGCCUGUGGGAUAUUGAGACGGGCAAGUGCAUUCGCAGCAUGUUUGGUCACGUCGAAGGCAUCUGGGGCCUGGUCGGCGACACGCUCCGCGUCGUCACUGGCGCCAACGACUCGAUGACCAAGAUCUGGGAGCCGCGAUCGGGCAAGUGCGAGCGCAGCUUCACGGGCCACGCAGGACCGGUGACAUGCGUCGGGCUUAGCGACAGCCGGAUGGCGAGCGGCAGUGAGGACGGAGAGGUGCGCCUGUACAGCUUCGAAGGCGAGGUUACGGAGGAGAGGGGCACACCAUCGUGA